UGAUCAGGUUCAGCCAUGUGGUACUCUAUAUCUGAGCUGAACAAUUUUAUCUUGGUCUCUUCUCACUAAAGAAUGUUCUUCCAACAUUCAUCAGGCAUCUUUUCAUGUUCUUUGGCAAAGUUUCAUCUCGCAAUUUUACACCAAACAGAAAGCAGGGGGCAUUUUUCUUGGACGUCAUUUGUAGAAGUUGACCUUCACGCUGUGUCGGCUUCACAGAAACUCUUAUUUCUAUUGUUGACUGCUGUGCCAAAUCUGAAGCAGUUUUCACAGCUAGAUUGUGAAAGUAGUUCACUGUCUGUGGAUUCAUUUUAGGAGGAUGGAUGCUGCAGCCAUGAUUAGUGGUACUAUAGCUCUUUCUAUGCAUUCUGAUAAGUCUGAAGCAGCUGCCGUCUGUUUUUUACAGCUAGAUUAUGAAAAUGGUUCACUGUCCGUGGCGUCAUUGUAGGAGGACGACCACUGCAGCCGUGAUUAGUGGUACUACGGCUCCUUCUGUACCUCCUGAUUACUGCUGCAACUGUGUUUCUCUUGAUUUUUAGUUGAUUGUCUUGCAUCUUUGUGAAGUCUCACAAUCUGAUUCUUCUGGCAGUUCUUGUCCAUGUGGAGCCAUGUUGCAGACCUGAUGAUAGAUAUAGCCCGUUGGUCCAAACUGACAAAGUCCUUCUGUUCACAUCUAGUUCAAGGACCAUGUUUACGCAUUUUUAACAACUGGAAAUCACAGGUGUGCUCAGUUAAGUUUCAGUGAUUUUAGGUUUUCUAACCUGUGUGUUAGCGAUCACAGCUGUAUUCACUUUUGUUGCGUCAAGUUUCAACUCUGGAGUCUCCUGAAGUAGUUUUUGGUUGUUUGUUUGUGGAAAUACUCGUCUGUUGAGCUUAGAUAUAAGCUCCAUUUAUCAGAGCCAGAAACUAUAUAAACAGAAAAAAAGCAUCUGAUUUUCAACUUUGUGGAGCUCCUUGAACAAAUUGUUUGACAUUUAACUGGUAUUUCAUAAGAGUGUGCUCACUUCAGUUAUAUAAUUUUUUUUGUUGUAAAACCUUUUUUUUUUUUCUCCUCCACUGACUCAGCCACACUGAAUGACUCUUAGUUAACAAUUCACAGCGGUUUCUACACUCGUACUUUCCUGCAUUGAAUCAUGGGAGCAUUUAUGUCAUGAACAGUAAGACCCUGUGACUCGCAGGCUUGGUCACAUGCGUGACGGCCAUACUGCUGCAAAAGAAAGCUACAACUGAACUCCUUAGAGCUAAGCUAGCUGCUGGAGGCCACGUCAUGCUAUCCCAUACUUUCACGAUGAUUCAGCAGACUUUUCCCUCAGAGACAAACAUGAAAGCUUCUGAAGAUUGUUGUUCACACAUUAAUACAGAUUCACAAUUCAGUAACCACAAUAACCGCGGAAUGAAAUGAAAUAAUCCUUGAAUCAAUCCAGCCAUGGUGGAUUGGGUACGGGGUUUCUAAUUAGACUCGCUGUUAUCGAGGAGAUGUGUUGUCCUGGGGGCUAAACACAAUACUUAAAACAAGGGAAAGAGCAGCUCACAUGAUUGUGCUGUGACUGUCUUCUGAGACGAUGGGCGUGUGAAUAUGAGUUUUUUAUAAUCGAUGAGAAAGCGUUCGGUUCACUGCCUUCAUUGUCCUCCAUGCACAGCUGAUGAGAAGCUCCAGUUUCUGGGCUUGCAUCUGCCUGAGCUUCUCAGGCCCUGGAGGACGAACCUCUGCUGGACGUGGAGAGGAAAAUGGGAAGCUGAAAAUUACUUUUUGCAACUUUUAUUUGUUUAUUUGUUCCUCUUAGAUCAGUUUUACCAAACCUUUCUUGAAAUACGGGCUGUGAAUCAGGUCCCAUCUCUAAAGAAUCAUUGAAGAUCAUCAUUCGAAGACACGACGAAGACCAUCCAAAGAACCCGAAAACACACCUUCAUUCUGGAUUAUCUGACAUUAACACCUUAACAGAUGGGUUCGGGCUUUAGGAAGUUCUGCCUGCAGUGCUGCUGCUGCUGCUGCGUCGGUGAUGAAGACGACGACGACGAGAAGCAGCCUUUAGUACCUCAGGACCCUCUGGAAUAUUUUAACCGUGAGGUCCAGAAGCGUCGGGACGAAGAGACCAACCUGUGGAGCGAACCGGGAGACCCCAGCCACUCGGAGAGGGAGGACGACCGGGCGCUUUACCAGCUGCUGCAGGCCAGAAACAAGACCCGCAUGGGAUCCACGGGUUAUCGUCGUCUGAGCGUCGACAUCGAGGCCAUGAGAGACACACGGCGAGAAGUCCGAGACAAAUGGAAGACCAUCCUGGAGAACUUAGGCUUCAUGGCCGAGGCUGACACCCUGCUGAACGUGUCCGCCGGCGCCUCACACGACCGGAUGCGGAACGCCACGGCAGCACGUUCCAUGCUGCAGACCCUGCACUCGGAGACGUCCCUCUUCAGCAGCAGAGAGCCGCCGCCGGAGAGAUAUCUGUUCAUCCUGGAUCGCCUCCUGUACCUCGAUAUCGCAGAAGACUUCUUGGCGAAGGCGAAGCGUUUCUACCCUCCGAGGGACGACUCGGACGAGGACACGCCGGGCCUGGCCAUCAACCUGCCGCUGCUGCUGGCCCGGGUGGAGGCCAUGAACGGAGGAGGCGAAGAGGACGAGAGCGAGAGAGACGACGGGAACAUGACUGAUUGAUUGUAGCUCCUGCAGCGACACCAGACGGCAGGCAGGAGGCAGCGGUCGCUCUGCCGCCUCCAAGCAUCUGUAGAUGCUCCAAGUUUCUCCUUUUCCUCCCCACAGCUUCAGUCCUUCCUGUUUCCUCUGGUUUCAAAUCCAAAAGGGGUUCAUUGGGUUUCCAGAUUUGCAGAUGUGUUUGUGUUCCUUGUUCAUUGUUUGUCUGCUGCAAACCUCCAGGGUUCAGAUGUUCUCCUGAGCGGGGCCACUCUUUAUUUUCAUCCUGUGAUUAUCAGCCUCAUUUGAUCACACGAUCCGUAGCGAAUAAAUAACAAAGCGUUUGUGUCGUUUUAAAAUCUGCAUUCGGCCUCAAAUUCUUCCAAAAAAAAAGAAACAGUACGUCGAGCCUUUAAACCAUUCGGACAUGUGGCUGAGUUGACUUUUCAGGCGAGCAGAGAUUUUCUGGAAAAUGUGAAAGUUGUGCACGUGUUUGUGGAAGUUUGUGUGUGAAAAUGAAAUAAAGUCCCGGCCUGAAGGGUUUUUUUGUCACGUGUUGCUGCUGCAUGUCAAGAAGUGAUGCUAAAAUUACACAGCUGACAAGGAAUAAAUGAGUGUCUGUGAAGGAAACUUCUGCAGUGUUGAAUUUAAGAUUACUUUGGCACAGGAGCAGGUUUUAUUUAAAAAUGGACUUUAGGGAUGUUCUGGCUCCUUCACGUGGCCCAGCGGAUGUGUUCUCAUGGCUCCGGUCUACUAAUCCUGUUCUGGUGCAGCCUGUCCGGCAGCUCAGCGUCCCUCUGGGAACAGACCGGGUUGCAACAUGGCUGGUGGUGACGGUGUUUUUGGUGAUCAGCUGUUUGUUGUUGUUGUUGUUAUGUAAGAGGGACACUGCACAUGCUAGAACAGCCUGAUGGAGACACAUAAAUAGCUGCAAACACUCGACGCCACUGUGCAGAUAUGAAGAGAAAUGAUGUCCAGGGUUCAGUAGGAAGUUCACUUUCCCUCAGAUUCUCCGAAGUGAUAAUAAAGCACUUUGUUUCCGGCUAA